AACAUUGGCGCGGGAAUCUGUCUUGAAACUGAAGCCUGGACUUUUGAGGGAGCUCGAAACAAAGUGAAACGGCCAAAGAGACCUAGCGAACAGGUAGCUGGAAAGAGUGUGAACAGCAAACUAACGUUAGUGGAGCAUGAUGCGCAAGAAGAAAAGAUCAUCUGUUUCUGUGGAUGAGGGACCAGCCUUAGAUGCGCCCAAAUCCAAGAAAAGCAAGUCCAGUGGGAGGCCCAGCAAAGCAGCAGUUCCUGAUCAGGUUCCUGAUUCUGUUUUUGUUCACAUGCUUCGAGAAUCGGGAGUCACCUUGAGAUUAGGCAACAUGUCUAAUGAGAUUGCUGUGGAUCAAGUCGUGUUUCAGAAGAGACUACAGCAGCAUUUACGAAAGGAUCCCAGAUAUCCCAGUAUAAUUCAGGAGUUUAUAUCUGGUUUCGAGACUCACAUUGAAGACCCAGAGAAAUUAAGGAACUGCCUGCUUCCCUGUGUGCCCCGUUCUGCAGGCGAGGGAAAUGCCAGUUCAAGCUCGUUUCAGGAGAGCCUGGUGCGUCUGCUUCUAGGUGUAGAGAUGCUUCAGACGACGAUUAUAAACACUUUGUUUGAGAAGCUUCCAGAGUUCAUGUUUGAGGGAGUUGGAGAGGAUGGCCUCAAUAUUCCACGUGUCAUUAUAAACCAGUUAAAGUGGCUUGAUCGAGUCGUGGAUUGCAAAGAUUUGGCCAAUAAGCUGAUGCAGCUGGUGUCUGUGGCUCCCAUUGAGAUCCAGCGGGACAUUAUUACCAGCUUGCCUGAAAUACUGGAGGACUCGCAGCAUGGAGACAUGGCCAGAGAACUCAAUGCUCUUCUCCAGGAGAACACCCAGCUCACUGUCCCCAUCUUGGAUGCACUGUCUAGCCUUAACCUCAGCACAGCUUUACUAGCUGAGGUGCGUGGAGCAGUCAUGUCCACUAUCUCUGCAGUGCAACUGGAGGAUCUUCCUAUUGUAGUGAAGUUCAUCUUGCACUCCAUCUCUACUUCAGAUGCCAACGAGGUGGUGUCUGACCUACGUAAAAAGCUGGAGCUGGAGCAAUGUGUGUUGUUCUCUAUGCUGCAGGCCUCUCAAAGUUCAGAGAAGAAUAAGAAGAACACAGCUGUCCCAUCAUGCAGCAGUAAAGACAGUGUAGCUCUAGUGCUGGAGGUAAUAAAGUCAGCUGUGCGAUUUCAGAAGACCAUCUCUGAGGCAUGGCUUAAGGCAAUAGAGAAUGUCACUGAGCUUGAAGACCACAAGGUGGUUGAUAUGUUGGUGUUGCUCAUCCUCCACUCCACUAAUGCUAAUCAGAGCCGACGUGGGGCAGAGAGGGUGCUGAAGGCUAAAGUCCGUGCUGGCCUCAUUCAGGAAUCACUGCUGAAUAAGACCUUCAAGGGUUAUGCUCAGGUGAUGCGUGGCUAUUUCCCCUCCAUCCUGGCAUUGGCUCAGGGGCUGUUGCGCUCUCCAGACUGCUGUGUGGUACCUUUUGGAGGACACAUGUAUAAACAGGCCUUCACUGCCUUCGACUCUUACUGCCAGCAGGAAGUGGUGGGCUCUCUGGUCACACAUGUGUGCAGUGGUGUGAGUGGGGAGGUGGAUGUGGCACUGGAGCUGCUGUGUGAGUUGGUGUCCCAGAAGCCCACAGAGAUGUCUCAGUAUGCAGUGUUUGUCAAGGGUAUUCUGGACUACAUGGAGAACCUGAGUCCUCAGCAGAUUCGCAGACUCUUCCACCUGCUAAGCUCUCUGGCUUUCGGGCACGACCAACAUGGCAGCCAUAUUCAGGAUGACAUGCACAUAGUGAUCCGAAAGCAGUUAUCCAGCACAGUGCCUAAGUACAAGCGUAUUGGCAUCAUUGGUGCUGUUAUGAUGGUGGGGAGUAUGGGGGCACGAAGGAGCAAAGCAGACUCUCAGGGAGGCACAUUGCACAAAGAAACACACCGACAGGUGACGACUCUGCUGGAGCUGGUGCGUUCAUGCAGCGAGGGCUCAGCUGAGGCUGCUGCUCUUUAUUAUGAUGAGCUGGCCAACCUGCUCCAGACCUGCAAACUGGACCCACUGGUGCAGGUGUGGAUUGGAAAGAGUGUGUUGGAGGAUUUCCAGGAGGAUUUUGUAGUGGACCUCGGACCAGAGAUAGCAGGUUCAUUUCCGUUCCCCGCCUCAGUGAUGUAUAAUCUGGAUGAGGAUGAGAGUCAAGGAGGAAUUGCCGUCAAUCUGCUGCCUCUGAUGUCCCAGGAUGUGCCCCACAGAGCAGACAGUCGCAUCUUUGCCAGCCAGAGGAACAGCAGGCAUGUGUCACCUCUGUGCCUGUCAUCGUUCUUUCGGCUCCUGAGGCUUUGUGAGGAAGAGCAGCACCAAGGUGAUCUGGAGGAGAUUGAUGCUCUGCUUGGCUGCCCACUGAUUCUGACAGACAUGGAAGUGGUGGAGAAGGUGGAGAGUCUGUCUAAAGCAGAGCGAGAGUUCUUCUGUUCUUUGCUCUUCUACACCAUCAACUGGUUCAGAGAGGUGGUGAAUGCAUUUUGCAGACAGAAGGACCCUGAGAUGAAGAUGAAAGUUGUAACCCGUCUUCAGAACAUCACAUACCUGCAGACACUACUGGAGACAUGCUUGGCAGCCAGCCCUGGCUACACUCCUCCUUUGGCUAACUUUGAUUGUGAGAGUGCAGAAGUUUUGCCCCCCUCCUCCUCCACUGCUUCUGCAAAGAAAGGAAAGAAAGAGUUGACUGGGAAAAAGAGGAAAGCCUCGGCCAGUAAAAACUCUUCAGCAGACAGCACUCUGCUGGAGGAGGCUGCAGAGGCGGAUGAGUCUCUACAGGACCAUCCAGAGAAGGAGAAAGAGGCCAAAGUAGGGGUCAGUCUGUCUUUAUACUGGCCGUUCUUCAGGGAACUGGACAUUGAGGUUAUGAAUGUGCUGCAGUGUGGUCUCCUUUCUCGAUCAAUACUGGAUACAGAGCUCCAUAGCAAGGUGAGAGAGGAGGUGCAGCUGGGUCCAUCUGAGCUGGUGUUUCUGCUGGAGGACAUGUGGCGCAAACUGGACUUCAGUUUGACUGCAGCUCCAGCCAAAAAAGCCCCGUUUCUGAAAGUGAAGGCAGACAAGACAGUGGGCUUCUCUCACCUGCAGCAGAAGAGCUCCAAAGAUGUAGCAACCUACUGCAUUCAGCUGCUACCAACGCUGUGCACACACCUGGAGAACUGCCACAACCACUUUCAGACCUUAUUGAGUGAGAAGCAGGGUGUGGUGGAUGCUCUAGGGGUGGAUGUGAAGGAACAGCAUCUCAUGAGCUCAGCCUAUCAGCUCCUCCUGCAGGUCCUGCACACCACCUUCAGCUGGUCGGGCUUCUCCCAGCCGGAACAGCGGGUUCUGUUAAAGAGUGCUCUGAAAGUGCUAGCCAGCCGACUAAAGGAGGAGGGGACAGAUCAAACCCUGGAGCAGCUUAUUAAGCACACUUUUGAGUACCUGCUGAAUUUCCGCAGUACAGUGCCCAGCCUAAACACUGCUCUGUGCCUGACACAGCUCCUCACUGUGCUCAGUCACUAUGGAACAUCCAACUACAGCUUCUACAGAGAGCACACCGCAUCCCUGGCGAGGCAUUUCUUGUGUCAGGAGUGGGUGACCAUGGGUGGAGCAAAGGAACGUGGAAACAAACACAAUGAUGCACUCCACAGUCUCCUCAGUAUUUAUCUAGACCAUGCUGAUGAUGUGCUGAAAGCAGUAGAGGAGAUAACAGGAGAGGGGAUCCCUGAGCUGAUGAAUGCAGCUAAAGAUGCCAGCUCUCGUAGCUGGCCCACACUCAGCAGGCAAACCUUCCUGGUGUAUUAUAAGGUUAUGAUGACAAAGCUGGAAAAGAGUGUGCGCAAGCUGCCCCCUGGAAAACAGACAGACAGCAGAGAGGUUCAGAGUGAGAAACUCCUAACAUGGAACUUAGCUGUGCGGGACUUCCACGUCCUCAUUAACCUGGUCAAGGUGUUUGAUAGCAGACCUGUGCUUAAUGUGUGUUUAAAGUAUGGUCGGCUCUUUCUGGAGUCCUUCCUUAAGCUGGGAAUGCCUCUGCUUGACCACAGCUUUAAAAAACACAAGGAGGAUGUUCAGAGUUUACUGAAGACUUUCCAGCUCAGCACGAGGCAGCUCCAUCACAUGUGUGGCCACUCGAAGAUCCAGCAAGACACAGCACUCACUAACCAUGUGCCAGCACUCAAGAAGAGUUUGGAGCAGUUUGUAUAUCGUGUGAAGGCCAUGCUCACUCUUAACCAGUGCCAGGAAGCCUUCUGGCUGGGCAAUCUGAAGAACAGGGAUCUGAGGGGUGAAGAGAUUCUUUCACAACGGUCACAAGAAAGUGAAGAAGAGGAUGAAGAGUCUUCUCAGCUGCCAGAGGGGCAGAAUCAGGAGGAGGAAAGCGAUGCUGAGGUAAAGGAAAAUGGCCACCAUGAUGAAGAGGAAGAGGAGGACUCUGAGGUGUCAGACUGAUUGAGCAGGGAAUUACAACCAUUUUAUCUUUUUCUUUACAACCAGUCAGCACAAGCACAUUCACAGUACUUAGCAUGCUAUCCCAUUUUUAUCAUUUUCAGCUUGGUAAACUGCUAGUUAAAGAUUGCAAGACAUUUAAGUAAAAGAUAAACGUGGUCAACAACGCUGAAACAGCUGGUGAGAGGAAAGCAGUCUCUUUUGUGUUUGAGAAUUUAUGUAUAAUCUUGUUUGUUGUUUAUUCUUUGUACUUGAAAUAUCAUCACUUAUAUUAAGACUAUAAAUUAAAUUCCCAAAUCAGAAUGUUUUUUUGUGCUGUGUAAUUACUGUAAUAAUUUAUCACAGUGAUGAGAUGCCAGAGGUGUGCAAAAUACAGUACAAUACAA